AUGAUUCGUCAUAUCGGGAUUCUGGAGAAGUGCCUGCUCGUGACAAUCUCUGUUUUUCUCUCUUCUCGCGCUGCUCACGCAUUCUACACCCAACCCCAGAUCGAGCCCCAGCUGGGUACCGAACGAGUCGUCUUUCAGACGGACUUUGGUGACAUCGAGUUUGGAUUCUAUCCGCAAGUGGCGCCGCGCACUGUAGCACACAUCUCUCGCCUCGCGCAUCUUGGCUGCUAUGCGACAAACCACUUUUUCCGGGUGGACAAGGGCUUCGUGGCGCAGGUGGCGGACGUGGUGGGCGGGCGGCAGGUCCCCUUGAGCGCGCAGCAGCGGUGGGAAGCGGAGCAGACUGUCCCCGGGGAGUUCUCCGCGCUGCCCCACAGGCGGGGAACGCUCUCCAUGGCGCGGUAUGAUGACCCCAACAGCGGCACCUCCUCCUUCUCCAUGCUCCUUGGGGAUGCCCCGCAUCUAGACGGCAAGUACGCGGUGUUUGGGCGGGUAACGGCGGGGGAUGAGGUGCUGGCGCGCAUGGAGGCGCUACCCACGCGGACAGAGGGCAUCUUUGUCAUGCCAUUGAAUCGUAUAUCCAUUCUAGCAACCUAUGUGUAUGAUCUGCCGGGGGCUGUACCGGACCCCAUCUGCCAUGAGGACCGCGAGCUUCUCAGGCGGAAGCUGGUGCAGAUGGAUGAUGAGCUGCAACGCACUAGAAUCAAGUGCUUGCCAUAA